AUAAGAAUGUAAAUUUGUACCUUAAAAGUCGCUUCGGAUAAAAGCAUACGCCAAAUGCAUAAAUAUGAAUAUGGACGUCUGCCCCCUGCUGGACAAGUAAGUAGAUGUGUGAUCCAGUGUUUCCUCAGAUGUGGUUGUUUGAGGUGAUGAUGAAGAGGAGGAGGAGCAUCACAUGUGUCACACCGCAGAUCUCCUGCUGUCCUCUGUUUGUUCUGGGAUGUUGUGAAUGAGUGUGGUUUGAGUUGAGAUGGUCGAGAGCAGAAGAUGUCUCUGUGGUUCCUGCUGCCCAUCAGUCUGCCGCUGCUCACACUGCCGGGAAUCUGGAUCAUAUAUACGAUGGCACUUUACAAUCAGCAUGUGUGUCCUGUGAAUAACUGGCUGUAUAAUUCAACCUGUGAGACGUCUUUGGUUCUUCAGAGCGGAUCUGAUCUGUGUUGCACGCUGGAUAAUAUCCCACUCAUCAGUAAAUGUGGCGGUGUUCCUCCGGAGAGCUGCUGGUUCAGUCUGCUGUGCAGCGCUGCUUCGUUUUUGGUGACUGUGAUUGGUCUGCUGCGUUACGCUCAGCUGAUCCAUAAGGAGAGCAACACCGUGUUGAACAUGGAGGGUCUGUUUGCCGGAUGGCUCUGUGCCGCAGGACUCGUCAUUGUUGGAAACUUUCAAGUGGAUCAUGCUAAAGUCCUCCACUAUGUGGGCGCGGGUCUGGCCUUCCCCGCGAGUCUGCUGUUCGUGUGUGUGCAGACGCUGCUGUCGUACCGCGCGGCCGAGACGCGGAGAGACUUCCACGCGGCUCAUCUGAGGCUCACACUCGCCUCACUGGCCUUCACCACCCUCAUACUCAGCGGCGUGUUCUUCAUCCAGGAGAGUUUUGUUCUUCAGCAUGCGGCGGCCAUCUCGGAGUGGACGUUCGCCAUCAUCGUUCUGCUGUUCUACAGCUCGUUCUCACACGAGUUCAGCUCCAUCUCUUCAGAAACACUCGUGGCUCUCAUGACCAGACGCAAACUAGAGAAAGUCUGACGUGUGAACAUGAUUAUAUAGAGAGAAGAUGAGGAUUAAUGUGCAACCUGGUGGAAAAAUCUUUAUAUUAGCUACACUCCUGCCUUGUUAGUGACGGUUCUGUCCUUGCAUCGAAGCUUUAAUCUUUCCAUUGCACUAAUGGUUCUUUAUGAAAAUGUCCUAAGUGUUUAUGGUGAACUAAAGUUUAAGUGCCUAAUAGCAAAGUGUCUUAAUGUUCAGUUAACAAUAAAAA